AUGUCUGACCGACAACCCUCUCGCAGCAUCUACUCCUCGGGGCAGUUCAUGAACCCUGGUCCAGCCCCGCGGCCCCCGACCGACCGACCUCGACUGAACCUCACCCCCAACACCAAUCUCCCCGGCAGCAUGGCAAACAUGGCUCUGUCCCCAAUCACCCGUGGGCCCUCUCAAUACAGUGGCUCUACCAUCUCUCUGCCACUUUCCCGCCAGACCUCGGGCAUUGAUGGGCAAGGUGGCGUGGCUGUCAUCAAAGAGGGCUGGGCACAGGUCAAGGAGAGCAAGAACUUCAUUCAGCCAUGGAAGCAGAAGUUCCUAGUCUUGCGCAAGGAAGCCCUUGAUUUCCACAAGGCUGAAGGCGGCAAGGUCUCCUACACACUGUUCCUCAAGGACGUCAUCAAUGUGGGCCGAGUUGAAGCUGCCGGUACCAUCUUCGAGGUCAAGAGACAUUCCAACGGCUCUUCCACCAGUCCAGGUGACGAUGAUGGCUCUACCAAGACUCUCCAGAUCCGAGUCAAGAGUGAUGAUGAUCUCUACGAAUGGAUUGACUUCAUUUACGCCCGUUGCCCAGGAAUGGGCGGUGUCAGCAACCCAACCAACUUCUCACAUGCAGUUCACGUCGGUUUCGAUCCUCAGACGGGCGAGUUUGUCGGCCUGCCGCCCGAGUGGUCUAAGCUCCUCAACUCAUCCGCUAUCACCAAGGAGGACUACGAGCGAAACCCCCAGGCUGUCUUUGAGGUCCUAGACUUCUACUCCGACCUGACCAAGAGAGCAGAGAACCCCGCCCAAUACCCCAGCCUUACGCCCACUCCUCCCCCCAGCAGCAUGCAGAACAAGCAGCUCGGUUACGGUGGUGGUUCGUCCGUGGCGCCUCCCCGUCCGACGCAGCCAUUACAGCGUCCCAGCUAUAACACAACCCCUUCACAGCAGAGUCUUGGCUCCCAGCCUCCAAGACGGCCGUCUCCAACGGAGUCUCAGCAGCAGCGCAUGCAGAUGCAGAAUAUGGCUCCUAACUACGUAGACAACAGAAACCGAGAGGAAGAGCGACAGAGACAAGCAGAGGCAGCACAACCCCCGGUUAAGCCGCUCAACGUUGGACCCAAGCCCAGCCAGAGUGAUGCUGUCAAGGCUGCGGAGGCUGCGCUCACCGCUAAGCCGCCAGCUGCGGAGCGCAAACAGGAUGUCCGCAUGUCGACCAUGUCUGAGAACGAGGUCAUGGCUAAGCUUAAGGAGGCUGUCUCCAAGGAUGAUCCCAACCUGUCCUACUCCAAGCAGAAGAAGAUCGGCCAAGGUGCAUCUGGAUCCGUUUAUGUUGCCAAGGUUAAAGAGACCGCUACAUCAGGUGUUGCUCGUGAACUUCUUCGCGCGCAGGGCAUUAAGGCCCAAGUUGCCAUCAAGCAAAUGGAUCUUGCACACCAACCAAGAAAGGAGUUGAUCGUAAACGAAAUCAUGGUGAUGAAGGACAGCAAGCACAGGAACAUUGUGAACUUCCUCGACGCAUUCCUGCGUAACAAUAAUGCAGAGCUCUGGGUUGUUAUGGAGUAUAUGGAGGGUGGUGCCCUGACAGAUGUCAUUGAUAAUAAUCCUGUCAUCACGGAGGAGCAGAUCUCAACCAUCUGCCUUGAGACUUGCCGAGGCCUGCAACAUCUUCACUCACAGAAUAUCAUUCAUCGUGAUAUCAAGAGUGACAACGUUCUCCUAGAUGCUCGUGGCAAUGUCAAGAUUACUGAUUUCGGUUUCUGUGCGAAGCUCACAGAGACCAAGUCUAAGCGUGCAACCAUGGUGGGCACACCUUACUGGAUGGCCCCUGAAGUUGUCAAGCAGAAGGAGUACGGCCCGAAGGUUGAUAUCUGGUCCUUGGGUAUCAUGGCUAUUGAGAUGAUUGAAUCUGAGCCCCCUUACCUGAACGAAGAACCACUCAAGGCGCUGUAUCUGAUCGCUACUAACGGCACUCCGCGUCUUAAGAAACCAGAGAAGCUCAGCAAGGAGCUGAAAGCUUUCCUCUCGGUCUGUCUAUGUGUGGAUGUCAAGAGCCGGGCUUCUGCCAGGGAGCUUCUAGACCAUGACUUCUUGAAGCACGGCUGCCCCCUUGGCAGUCUGGCCGAGUUGCUGGCCUUCAAGAGAAAUGCUAAAUAA